AUGAAUAGACUUACUAACGAGCAACGCUUGCAAAUCAUUGAAUUUUAUUACCAAAAUCAGUGUUCGGUUCGAAAUGUGUUUCGCGCUUUACGUCCGAUUUAUGGUCUACAUAAUCGACCAAGUGAGCAAACAAUUAAUGCGAUUGUGACCAAGUUUCGCACUCAGUUUACUUUAUUGGACAUUAAACCAACCACACGAAUGCGUACAGUGCGUACAGAAGAGAAUAUUGCGUCUGUUUCUGAGAGUGUGGCUGAAGACCGUGAAAUGUCGAUUCGUCGCCGUUCGCAGCAAUUGGGUUUGUGUUAUUCGACCACAUGGAAGAUUUUACGCAAAGAUCUUGGUGUAAAACCGUAUAAAAUACAGCUCGUGCAAGAACUGAAGCCGAACGAUCUGCCACAACGUCGAAUUUUCAGUGAAUGGGCCCUAGAAAAGUUGGCAGAAAAUCCGCUUUUUUAUCGACAAAUUUUGUUCAGCGAUGAGGCUCAUUUCUGGUUGAAUGGCUACGUAAAUAAGCAAAAUUGCCGCAUUUGGGGUGAAGAGCAACCAGAAGCCGUUCAAGAACUGCCCAUGCAUCCCGAAAAAUGCACUGUUUGGUGUGGUUUGUACGCUGGUGGAAUCAUUGGACCGUAUUUUUUCAAAGAUGCUGUUGGACGCAACGUUACGGUGAAUGGCGAUCGCUAUCGUUCGAUGCUAACAAACUUUUUGUUGCCAAAAAUGGAAGAACUGAACUUGGUUGACAUGUGGUUUCAACAAGAUGGCGCUACAUGCCACACAGCUCGCGAUUCUAUGGCCAUUUUGAGGGAAAACUUCGGACAACAAUUCAUCUCAAGAAAUGGACCCGUAAGUUGGCCACCAAGAUCAUGCGAUUUAACGCCUUUAGACUAUUUUUUGUGGGGCUACGUCAAGUCUAAAGUCUACAGAAAUAAGCCAGCAACUAUUCCAGCUUUGGAAGACAACAUUUCCGAAGAAAUUCGGGCUAUUCCGGCCGAAAUGCUCGAAAAAGUUGCCCAAAAUUGGACUUUCCGAAUGGACCACCUAAGACGCAGCCGCGGUCAACAUUUAAAUGAAAUUAUCUUCAAAAAGUAAAUGUCAUGAACCAAUCUAAUGUUUCAAAUAAAGAACCGAUGAGAUUUUGCAAAUUUUAUGCGUUUUUUUUUUUAAAAAAGUUAUCAAGCUCUUAAAAAAUCAUCAAUCAGCACUGUUGUACGUAGCACUGUUGAACUGUAGUUUGUAGCACCGUUGAACUGUAGUAUGUAGCACUGUUGAACUUUAUGUGAUAUUGUUCAAUUCAGGUAGCACUUCCUGCUUUACCUGUUGCACUAUAUGCGUUAUUGUUCAAUUUAGGUAGCACUUUCUGCUUUACCUGUUGCACUAAGUUACUAUAUCCACGCGAAGGAAACACUUUCUUUUAGCUCGGGCGCCAAUUAUUCAUUCUUCCACUUAAAUGUGGAAAAAAAAACAAAUUUUUUUAAAGUUUAAUCAUUUAUUGAACUUUUCCUUACGACUACUUAAUUUCGACUGCUUAAUACUAACAAUUGUAUCUUACUCUAUACCUAUCAAUGAUUUAUGGUCACAUUGCACUUCAAUGUGACCGUAUAAAACUCGGCUGCGCUGACGUUGUAACUCUGCUGUGGUGUUGUUGUUGAUUUCCGCAAAUUGUUAUUUUGCGUUUCCUGUUUUUGAAUUAAUGCAGACGUGUCGUCAGCAAUUUUGGUUUAUAACUUUUAUUUGAACUUUGUGUUUUGCUGUGUUAGCUAAUUUAUUAUUAUCUAACUAAUUUGGUGUUAACUUACAUAUUUACAUACAUUUGUUGCAUGUAGACAAAUGUACAAACAUUAUGCGUAUGGUUCUUUUAUAUUUGUUUACAUGCAAACAUAAUUAUAUAUGGGCAAAUGUGCGACCACUUGGUCCUUUAACAUGAUAUCGAAAAGUUUAUUGACCAAAGCAAAUAUUUAUUUAAGUAUACAAAUAUACAUACAUAUGUAUGUCGUACCAAAUCUAUGUAUAUAAAAUGCAUAUUUAAUAAUGUAAUACAAAUUUUAUUGAAUUAUACAUUUGCAAAGAUUUUAUGGAAUUCAUCAUAAAAUAGCUCAAUUUUAAAAUAUAUAUGUACAUACUCGUACUUAUGUGCUUUCAUAACAAAUACAUAUAUCGCUCAUUUGCUGCAAGACCGGCAUAAGUCAAAAAAAUCGAUUUUCCAGAAAACGCGUUAAAAGUUUUCAACUGACUACUACCUUACACGGUGACUCCAACCUUACACCUCUUCUCAAGCGGAGCAUAUAAGAGGUAUUCAUAUGAAUUUUUCACUCAACAUGAAGUAUGAUAUAACGAACAAUUCUGCAGCAUUAACUCAAAAAUCACGUUUUUUGAUUUAUGCCGGUCUUGCAGCAAAUAAGCGAUAUGUCUUUUAUCUGAAACGCAUUUUACGAACCAAUCAUUUUUAAAAUUUAAAAAAUAUGAAGUAUAUCACACACCACACACGGCAAACUCAGCACGAGGAGGGAGCGCUAUAGUUAUCAAAAGCAAUAUUGCGACUGAAGAAAUUCAAGCUACAACAAUUUCAGUUAAAUUGCACAAUCACCCAUUGUAUCUUUUUGCUCUGUAUAGUCCACCUAGACAUAAUAUAAAAAUAGAAACGUAUAUGAAUUAAAAAAAAAAUAUGACGGAAGGUACAUCAUUGGUGGCGACUUUAACACAAAAAACACUCAUUGGGGAUCUCAUUUAACUACAACCAAAGGUCGAGAACUUCUCAAAGCUAUACAAGUAGUUGGAUGCAAUUUUGUUUAUACAGGAAGACCCACUAUAAUCAAUAAAAUACCGAAACUCAAUUUAUUUAUUAAAGAUUGCUUAGACCUCAGCUCUGGCCACUCCCUAGUGCUACUAACUCUGUAUAAAAAGCCACUAAAACUAAAACACUAAUUGGUAUAAAUUUAAAAGUAUAUUGAAUAAAGUCGACCCAAAGCUUAAGCACAUAUCGACUGGUAUUGAGUUGGACUGUGAGGUUGAAGAUUUCACAAAAAUAAUUCAAAACGCUGCGUGGAAGAGUACACCAAAUAUCCGCGUGAAUCUAAGUGGUACUAAAUACCCAAAACACAUCUUAGAAAAUAAGCGCAAGCUUCGACGGAGAUAGCAGCAAAAUAGGUCCUCUGCUCUCAAAACUGAGCUUAAUAAAUGUACAGCGAAACUAAGAACACAAAUUAAACAGUUUAAAAUUUUUUCCUUCAAAACUUAUCUGGCUAAAAAACUCACAGCUGAUAAAUCCACCGACUAUUCACUCUGGAAAGCUGCAAGAAAUAUUAAUAAACAAAUAAAACAUGUAGCACCAUUAAAACUAAACGAAACUGCAUGGGCCAAAAUGAAUGAACAGAAAGCUGCCGUAUUUGCAAAUCAUUUGAGAAACACAUUUACGCCUAAUGAUGGUUAUGAGAUAAACUGUGAAAAUAGUUGGUUAGAUCCACACAUCAGCAUUUCUCCUGUUACUCUUAAAGAAAUUAAAAAUCUUAUCGGGAACACAGGACUCAAAAAAGCACCUUGGUACGAUGUAAUAACUGGAGAAAUAUUAUGCAAUUUACCAAAGAAUUGUAUAAAAAAACUUGUAAACAUUAUAAACUGUGCUUCAUGCCUAAAAUACGUGCCAUCGCUUUGGAAAGUAUCUGAAGUCAUAAUGAUACCUAAGCCGGGUAAGCCAGUACACGCUGUUACAUCAUAUAGACCAAUUUCGCUGCUGCCAGCUUUAUCGAAAAUCUUUGAGAAUGUACUCAUAAAUAGGCUCAAGCCAAUAAUCGCUCAUAAACACCUAAUACCAACACAUCAAUUUGGCUUCCGUUACCUUUUUGGACGUGUCUCAAGCUUUUGACAAAGUUUGGCAUACGGGUCUACCGCUCAAAUUGAAAUACAUGCUACCCAAACAAUUUUGUGAAAUAAUUGCUUCGUACUUAAAGAUAUAUACUUCCGCAUUAAACAAGAGGAUGCAUACUUAAACUUGCAACCGAUAAAAGCGUAUGUUCCCCAGGGAAGCGUGUUAGGGCAAAUGCUUUAUUUGCUUUUUACAGCGCUUUCAAAGUAAGGUGCUAAGGACUUUAGUUAAAGUUCCUUGGUACAUUAAAUCUGCUGACCUGCACCGUGAU